AUGACCGAGCCGAUGAAAAGUCACACAACUACAACGAUAACGAAGGAGGGCGACUACACGAAGACAGUCGUGACAACUACGAUAACCGAGGAGAAAAUGAAUAUGUUCACGCUGGCAAGCGCAAUAGAUGCUGGUAAGUAUACGUUUAUUCCGGAAUUUGGUGGCCAGGGCAUCUCCUACUGGACGGAGUUGCAACAACUCUAUGCCUCGUCCGAGACCAACACGAUACGCAAGUUCAUUGAUGCUGCCGCGCAGGCGCUGUUAGAGGAGUCUAGUACGGAAGAGGCUAAGGCCUCGAUCGCCUAUGAGACAACUAUCGACGUGCACAGUUGGCUGCAGAGCCUUGAGAUUGGUGUCGCACCGGCUGACUUGGCUUUGGAUCGUGUCUUCUUUAGUAUGCCAUUGCUGGUGCUUACGCAAUGCGCAAAUUACCUUAAUUUCCUUGAGAUCGCGGGCGUGACCCAUGAGAGUGUGGUCAAGAGGUCCACGACGGCCGUAGGCCACAGCCAGGGUGUGGUGAGUGCCGUCGUCUUUUCAGUGGCCAAAACGGCCGAGGAGUUUGUCGAGAUUGGUAUCUCCGUCCUGCGUUAUAUGUUCUGGCAGGGACUACGCGCGCAGGAGGCAUACCAAGAGCUUCUGAUGCAGCACAAGCAGGGUGAUAAGAAGAUUGAGAACGCUGGUCCAAUGCUGGCCGUACGGGGGCUCAAGAAGGAGCACGUUCUCAAGGCCAUUAAAGCUACUUCCCGCCGGACCAAGACGCCCGACCUUCAGUUAUCUCUCAUCAAUGCACCGGACAUGAUGAAUGUCACAGGCUUUCCCACGACACUAGUGCUGCUAAAGCAGGCGCUCGAGGGCAUGUUCGCCGAACCAAACGCUAGCCAGACACGUACUCCACAUUCGCAGCGGAAACCCACGGGUUCGCUCUCGUUCUUGCCGCUUUCAGCUCCGUUCCACACAUCGUUGCUGACUGACGCCAAGCCAAAGUUGGUACAGGACGUGCAGCGUGUCAAGUGCGCGAUUAAAGGCAGCCAGUUGCAGGUGCCAAUAUAUGCUACCAAUACAGAGGCUGUAAACUUGCAGACGGUAGACGACGUAAUCGAUGAACUUAUUAAUAUGCAGCUUCUGCAGGUGGUAGAUUGGACCGCGACGUGGGCAAAGAUUGUAAACGACCACUCAGAUGCAACACACAUUCUCGAGUUUGGCCCGGAUCUUGGUGUGGCGAAGCUGAGUGACAAGUAUGCGGAAGGAUCAGGUAUUGGAGUUGUUAUUGCGACUGCGAAGCACCCGACUGUGACCUUGUCAACAAACAGCGCUCCUCUUGUCGGCCUGCAGCAGUUCAUUAAUACUACGCCGACGUUCACUCCAGUCAAGAUGACUUGGGCAAAGAAGUUUAGUCCGCAGGUGACCAAGUCCGGCAAGCUUUGUAAUCGGUUUACACGCGUGCUCAACAAACCGCCGGUUAUGGUGGCAGGAAUGACACCAACCACCAGCCUGGAGGGCAUCGACCUUGUUGCGGCCAUCCAGAACGCCGGAUUCCAUGGCGAGCUAGCAGCAGGCGGUUUGUCGCGCCCUAACAUCUUUGAAGACGCGGUAAACAAGCUUGUGUCAAAGAUCAAGCCCGGCCUUGGCAUUGCAAUCAACAUGCUGUACCUAAACGCGAAGCAAUGGGGCUUUCAGUUCCCGAUGGUGCUCCGAAUGCGUCGUAGUGGUAUGCCUAUCGAGAGUAUCACGAUCGGUGCAGGUAUCCCGACGAUGGAGCGUGCGCUUGAAAUAAUGUCGCAGCUAAAGGCCGUCGGCAUCAAAUUGGUGUGCUUCAAGCCGGGUUCGGCGGACGGUAUUCGCGCCGUGUUGGAGAUUGCUGUGGCGAUGCCAAGUAUGAACGUGAUGGUGCAGUGGACCGGCGGCCGCGCUGGUGGCCACCACAGCUUCGAAGACUUCCAUCAACCGCUGGAGGAGACGUACGCCGCGAUACGUCGUGUUCCGAACGUGCUGUUAGUUGUCGGCUCUGGUUUCGGUAAUUGGGAGGAUUCAAAGCAGUACAUCACGGGCGAAUGGAGUCUAGCUCGCGGCCACCUGCACAAGAUGCCUUCAGAUGGUAUUUUAUUGGGCUCUCGCGUCAUGGUUGCGAAGGAGGCUGCAACUGCACCGGAUGUGAAGAAGCUGCUUGUUGACACACCUGGUAUUGAUUCGGAGCUAGAUUGGGAAAUGAGCUACACGGGUGUUGUGGGUGGCGUGGUCACGGUCACGUCAGAGCUGGGCGAGCCCAUCCACGUGGUGGCAAACCGCUGCGGUGUAAUGUGGAAGGAAUUUGACGAUAAAUACUUUUCUAUUCCGCGCGAGCAGGUAGAGUUGGCCCUUCGUCUUAACAAGAAAGAUAUCAUUACUCGUCUUAACGCGGACUAUCAGAAGCCAUACUUUGGCUGCAAGCGCGAUGCUGUGACUGGCAAGACUGUUCCGGCUGAUCUGGAGGAGAUGUCGUAUGGCGACGUUUUGGCGCGUAUGGUCGACUUGAUGUACGUGGAGGUCGAAGGCAAGCCACACCGUUGGGUGCACGGGACUUUUUUCUCGCGUGUGAGCAAGUUUAUCACACGUACAGAGGAGCGUUUCCGCCGCGACGUCACUGGUGACCUGUUUGAUCAGUCAGAGCUGAAGACGAAUCCGAGGAAUGCGGUGAGCGCGUUUAUCACGAAGUACCCACGGACUGUGUCAACGCUGAUGUCCAUCCCAGACUGUGAUUUCUUCCUGGAGCUCUGCCGCACAGGUGGUAAGCCUGUGAACUUUGUGCCUGUGAUCGACACUGAGUUCAAGACGUGGUACAAGAAGGAUUCGUUAUGGUAUUCUGAGGAUUUGGAUGCCGUUCCUGAACACGAUGCGCAGCGUGUGUUCAUCCUUCAGGGUCCUGUGGCUGUUCGCUACAGCACAAUAGUGGAUGAGCCUGUGGCGGACAUCCUGGGUGGUAUUGCAGCUGGCUUUGCUAACAUUGUGAAGGAAAGCGGUGCGAUUGCUGCUGUGGCAUCUACACAUGCUAAGCAGCCUGUGGCUAUCGCCGGCGUCGAGGUCACGGUAAACAAAGGCAGCGUGGAAUUGUCGAUCCCCAUCGAAGAAAGUGCCAUGCCGUCUGCUGACGAGUGGCUCGCUGCUCUUGCCUCGUUCGUGAACGACAAGGACUGGCUGAACGCGCUUAUUUCGUCGCCACAAGUUGUCGAGGAGAAAAAGUGGCUUGAAAACCCUGUCAGACAGCUACUCGUCCCCCAGGCUGGUCAGAAGUAUGUGAUUGACGAUGCAGGAGUGCGCAUUUUCGACAGUUCCAUCGACAUUUCUGGUCCUGUGAUCGAGAUCAAAAAGAAUGACGCGACCAUUGUGGUUAUUGUGAAUGAAGUGCGCCCGGCGGUAACUGAACUAAAAGUUAGUGUUAUAGCGCUGGAGAUGGCAUUCCAGUACCACCCGGAACUGUCCUGCUCGAUUCACGCUGAUGGCAGCGGCUUUGUCGAUAAGGUGAAGGCUUUCUAUGCCCGCUUUUGGGUGGCGAUUGAUGGCAAGGAGGAGGAGUCGUGUAAGGCUGCAUGCAUGGAAAGUGUGUUGUCCCCUUUCACAGCUGAAUUCUCCAUCACGACACAGGACAUCGUUGCGUACCGUACUGCACUUGGUCUAGGUAGCGACGAGGUUGGCGCUCCGGUAGACUUUUCAACGAUCGUAUCGUGGCGCCCGUUGAUCCAAUCCGUGUUCACAAAAGAGGUGAGGGGAAACCUGCUUGAUUUGGUGCAUUUGAAGCACUCAUACAAGUUGCUCUCCUCGCGUAAGGCAUCCGCUAUAUUUUUGCCAGGCGACGACAUCGUGAGCACGUCAAAGGUUGGUAGUCUACGUAUUAUUGAUAGCGGUAAGAUUGUGCAUGGUGUGGCCAUCAUUUCCCGCAAAACGGUGAAUAAGGAGAUGGUAGAGGUGCUAGAACCUCUCGUGGAGCUGCACAGCGAGUUCCUGAUCCGUGGCUCCUUUAACGACUUUGAAUCAACCUUCUCUAUUGAGAAAUCGACGGACGAGUUUGUGCCUAGCCGCAAGGAGGACGUGGAGAUUCUUAAGGUGAAGCCAUGGCUGAAGCUUGCUGCCGACGCAUCAGUGAAUGUCGGUGACCACCUGGUAUUCCACCUAACGACGAAGAAGAAGUACGCUUCAAUCGGCUUGCUGAGCUACGUGGAGGUGUCUGGCACGCUAUUCCGUGAGGAAGCUGGCUCAAAUGUAGAGAUCGGCGCGGUUCAAUUCACUAGCGAUAGUGUGAAUGAGAGCCCAGUUGUGGCAUUUUUGCGGCAAGCACAACCUAACGAUGCCAAGGCUAGCGGCAUGUUCGAGAACGGUGGCUCCCACAUGCUCGAGAAGCCACUCGAGAUCAACGUUCCGACGAACGCUUUGGCGUACGCGGUGGCAUCUCGUGAUCUGAACCCGAUCCAUCGCUCCAGGUACGCCGCUAUCUUGGGUCAUCUUCCGAAAGGUAAGCCGAUUAUGCACGGUCUGUGGACGGCGACGAAGAUGCGUGACCUGGUGAUUCAGAGCUUCGGUUUUGGCUUCGACAGUAACGUCGUGGAAUACGACGUGAAUUUUGAUGGUAUGGUGUAUCCGGGCGACAAGCUGUUCAUGCAGGCACGCCACAUUGGUCUUGAUAAUGGCAAAAAGGUCCUGUCUGUUGAGGUUGUGAAUGGCUCUGGUGAACGCGUAGUCAGUGCGCGUGCUGUGGUGAAGCAGGCGCCGAUGGCGUUUGUCUUCACUGGCCAGGGCUCUGCAGCAGUGGGUAUGGGCAUGGACCGUUACCAGGAGUCAUCAGUGGCCCGUGAUAUCUGGAACCGUGGCGACCUUCACUUACGCAAGACAUUUGGUUUCUCUAUACUAGAGAUGGUGCGAACGAACCCGAAGUCUAUUACAGUGCACUUUGGCGGCAAGAAGGGCCGUGCUAUUCGUGAGAAGUACAUGAGUUUGACAUGCGAAGACCCAGUAACUGGCGAAAUUGCACCUCUGUUGCCAGAAAUUAAUUCUCGUACGCAGAGCUUUAGCUUUUCUGCUCCAGAAGGUUUGUUGUUUGCGACCCAGUUCAGCCAGCCUGCGUUGGUGCUGCUGGAGAAGGCCAUGUUUUCUGAAAUUGAGACGGCACAACUCAUUCCGGACGAUGCUCACUUUGCUGGACACUCCCUUGGUGAGUACGCCGGUCUCAGCUCUUUUGCUGGAGCUUUGGCUGUUGAGGAUGUCGUGGAAGUUGUGUUUUUGCGUGGAUUGAUCAUGCAAAAAGCUGUGAAGCGCGAUGCUGAGGGGCGCUCUGACUACGGCAUGGUAGCAAUGAAUCCCACGCGUGUUGGUCCCCAUCUCACUGAAGAAGUCAUGUUCAAGAUUGUUGAUGGUAUUGGAGCUGCUUCGAGCAAGCUGCUACAAGUAGUCAAUUUCAACAUCCAGCAGCGCCAGUACGUCAUUGCUGGUGAAAAUGUCAAUCUGGAGACGCUAUCGUUGGCGCUAUCUACUUUCAAGACGCUGAAGUCGGCUGACACUGAAGAUGUGGAAAAAGUCAUUGCUGACUCAUUGGCACAAGCUCGUGCCCGCAAGGAGAAGUGCAAACAGACUGGUCGUCCGUUUACACUAACAAAAGGCCUGGCGACGAUCCCGCUCGUGGGCAUCGACGUGCCUUUCCACUCGUGUGAGCUGCUUGGUGGCGUGCCUUCGUUCCGUGCGCUUCUGCGGACCAAGUUCGACCCACACGUACUUGAGCGCCAAUUGCCGCUUUUGGUGAACCGCUACAUCCCAAACUUAGUGGCUACUCCAUUUUCGCUUGAGCGUUCGUACUUUGAAGAGGCUUAUGAGGCGACCAAGAGUCCGUAUCUUGCGGAGGCUUUGGACCCGAUGCAGUGGAAGCUGACGACGAAGGCGCAGCUGGCACAUCUGCUUGUGGUGGAGCUGCUGGCGUACCAGUUUGCAUCACCUGUCCAGUGGAUUAAGACUCAGGCGCUUUUAUUCUCGGAGGGUGGCGUUCGCCGCUUUGUGGAGAUUGGUCCUGCUCCGACGUUGACGAACAUGGCGCUGCGCACACUUGAGGUUGGUGACUUUCCAGACGUGUCGCGUGAGAUCUUGUGGUACCAGCGUGAUCGUGAAGUUGUACACUUUGAAGAGGAGACGUCGAAUAUUUCUGCUUCUGAGUACGCUCGUAGCUUGGCUGCAGAGGCUGCCGAAAACGCUGCAGCUGCGUCUGCUUCGACAGUGGAAGCUGUUCCUGCCGCCCCGACCCUGGUUGCCUCUUCCGUUGUCGCUGCUCCUGUUCAGCAGAUAGAGAUAGUUCCCGUUCAGCAGAUGCAGGCUUCUCCGGCUCCUACUCCCGCCGUCGCCGUUCCCGCUGCUGCUGAUGCUCCAGUUGCAGCCCUGCACGUGCUUCGUGUGCUUCUUGCCGUGCGCUUAAACAAGAACUUGGCUGAUAUUAAGGAAGAGACGGACGUGAAGACGCUAUGUGCUGGAAAAUCCGCUGUCCAGAACGAGAUUCUGGGUGAUCUCGAGAAGGAGUUUGGUGGAGGUGUGUCGGAAGGUGCUGGUGAAGUUCCGCUGAAGGAGCUUGCGUCAAAGUUCUCAGGCUAUAACACUCUCGGUAAGGUGACAAACGGCCUAAUCAAUAAGGUGGUGGCAAGCAAGAUGCCUGGCGGCUUCACGAUGUCGAGCAUCAAGGACUACCUUAGCGCUGAGAAGGGCUUGGGCGCUGGUCGCAUGGAGAGCGUUCUGGCACACUCACUGCUCCUUGCCCCACAGGCUCGUUUCAAGAACGAUGCAGACGCGCGUAAGUGGCUGGACGACAGUGUGGGCGGAUAUGCCUCGUUUGCUGGUAUCACUCUUGACGGUCCUAUGAUGGCUGCUACGCCGGGCGCGGCGGGCAUGUUCUUGAACCCUGCUCCGGUGUCGAUUCCGACGGUAAGUGAUAAGCCUGUGGAAGCGAAGCACGCUCUGUUGGUGAUGCUCGCGGCGAAGUUCGGCAAGACCCUUAGCGAGGUUUCGGAAACGGCGACUAUCAAGGAACUGUGUGCUGGUAAGUCGGCUGUGCAAAACGAGAUCGUUGGCGAUCUGGAGAAGGAGUUUGGCUCUGGCCCUGACGAUGCGGCAGAAAUGAAACUGGUUGAGCUGGCGGGUAACUUCCCCGACUACGCGUCCCCAGGUAAGGUAACCAGCGCUCUGAUUGCUAAGAUGCUGGCGAGCAAAAUGCCUGGUGGGUUUGGUUUGUCGGCUAUCAAGGAGUAUUUGUCUAACGAGCGCUGCCUGCCGAGCGGUCGCAUCGAAAGUGUGCUACUACACGGCCUGACGCAGAAUCCGAAGCAGCGUCUUGGUGAUGAUGGUACGGCGAAGAAGUGGCUGGAUGGCGUUGUGGAUGACUAUGCAAAGCUCGCUGGAAUUGACAUUCCUUAUGCGUCGAAGCUGGGAGGCGGAAUGGCCGGCCCAGCAAUGGGCCAGCAGAUGAUGCGGUCUAGCUCUUUGCCGAGCGACUUCGAGAAGCGUUUGAAGACUAUGAUUGCAGACCAGAUUGAUGCUCUGAACUCGUACCUGGGUGAUGACCAACUUGACUGGCAUCGCAAGAUCGAAACGGAAGUUGAUAUGCGUGAGGAGCUUGAGUUGUCAGUUACUAAGUGGGUGGCGGAACACGGCGAGUUCUACGGUGCUGGGAUUGUAGGCAAGUUUGAUGCUAAGAAGGAGCGCCAGUACGACAGCUACUGGAACUGGGCCGUCCAGGAUGCAAUGGAGCUGUACUACCGUACUGCAGCUGCGGCCAAGGGUUUGUCCGUGAGCUCGAAGCUAGCUGUGAGCAAAGGUUUAAGUACGCAUUUUGAGGCAAUGACUCGCUUUAUCAACAAGAGUGUGGACACCAUUGCAGAUGAGUCGGCACUUCCUCCGCUCGAGUGGUUUAAGCCGUACCUGUGCAAUCGUGCUACACCAGAACUUUUGCGAUGCACACAGUUCUUCGUGUCGCGGGCUGAAGAAGAAAGUAGUCCUGAGCUUGCUCAGGCGGUCCAACUCCUGGUGGAGCAAAUGGAAGAGUGGCUGAGCACAAAUCCUGUGAACAUGCAGAUCUUUAAGCCGACGCAGCCGCAACUUCGCAUUCUUGAAAGCGGCGAGCUUGAAUAUGCUGAGGUGCCUCGCGAAGGCGUGACAGACUCUAUCAACUACGUUGACGAGGUUGCUCGCGGGCUUGAGUAUAACGAUGCGAUUGAAACUGGCAAGGUUGCAGGCUCUGAUGUUACGGCUGGUAUGACUAGUGCUGUUGGAUUUGAGUCGACCCUGAACGACAACGGUAGCAUGAGUAGUGAUGAGCCUGACAGCGACGAUGAGUUUGACGAGGAGGAUCUGAUAUCCGACAAGCAAAAGACUAAGGCCAAAAAGGUUACUCCUGCCGAAGGGGCCAAGCUCGAUGCACUUCGCGAUUCGUUACGUAAGCGCGCAAAGCGGGAAUCUGCCAAGUCUUUGUUUGCUCGCUCGUCCUCGUUGCGCUAUGGUUUGAAUGAGAAUCUGAAGCAGAUCGUGCUGCCGCACGUGCAUAUCCGCAAACCUUCUGAUGUAGACCCGACGAUCCGUCUGUACGAUGUCGAGUCGACCUGUGUUCUGUUGUCAUGCAUGCGUGAAAUGGCCACGACGGGCAUUUCGUUUGCUGGCAAGGUGGCGUUACUAACUGGUUGCGGCAAGAACUCUAUUGGUGCAGAGAUCGUAAAGGCGCUUCUGGAAGGUGGUGCUACUGUGUUUGUGACGACGAGUAGUUUCGGUAUGAAAACGACUACUUUGUUUCGUGAGAUCUAUGAGCAGCAUGGUAGCCGCGGCAGCCGUCUCAUUGUUCUACCGUUCAACCAGGCAUCGAAGAUGGACGUGCAGAACCUGGUGACACACAUUUACAACGUGCACAAGCUGGAUCUAGACUUUGUAAUUCCGUUUGCGGCUCUAUCAGAGGUUGGACGCACGAUCACGGACAUCGAUUCGCGUUCGGAGCUGGCCCACCGUAUCAUGCUGACGAACACAAUGCGUUUGUUGGGUGAGGUUGUCACGGCGAAGAAGGCUCGUGACAUCACCACUCGCCCUGCAUUAGUUAUCUUACCAAUGUCGCCAAACCACGGUAACUUUGGCGGAGAUGGUCUUUACGCAGAGUCAAAGCUGGGCGUGGAGAGUCUGAUGGGCAAAUGGCACUCGGAGGGAUGGGAUGAUCAGCUUUCGAUUGUUGGUGCCAUCAUCGGCUGGACCCGAGGCACGGGUCUCAUGUCAGGUAAUAACGUAGUGGCUGCCGGUGUGGAGAAGAUGGGAAUGCGCACAUUCAGUACGACGGAAAUGGGCUUCAAUCUGAGCGCGCUCAUGCACCCUAGCAUUGUGGAUCGUGCGGCCGAGACGCCGAUUUUCGCAGACCUUACUGGUGGUAUGGCUCAAGUGAGCGACCUUAAAGACCAAGUAGACGAAAUUCGAUCGGAUAUCAUGAAGAAGUCGAAGCUGCAGGCUUCUAUUUAUGCUGCGCUGGAGAGUGACAAGAAAAUGCUGGCUCUGCCUUCUAUGAAAUCACAGUUUUCUUCCGGCUCAAAAAGCUUCGCUCCUCGUGCGAACAUGUCGAGCUACUACUGCAACUCGUUCCCAAAGCUUUCGGGUGUGGCAGAGCUGUCAUCCUCGGCGAAGCAAGCGAUGUUACGUGGCAUGCUGGAUCUGCGCCAGGUCGUCGUCGUGACUGGUUUUGGUGAGGUAAGCCCGUGGGGAAACUCGCGUACGCGCUGGGAGAUGGAGUCAUACGGCGAGUUUUCGCUGGAAGGCUGUAUUGAGCUAGCGUGGCUGACGGGCCGCAUCCUGUUUGAGAAGGGCAACUGGGUGGAUGCCAAGACAAAGAAGAUCGUGCCUGAUCAUCAGGUGAAGCCUCGCUAUGAGGAGGAUAUCAUAAACCAUUCGGGUAUCCGCAUCGUGGAGCCAGAGCUGUUUGACGGCUAUGACCCGAAGAACAAAGUAGUGCUACACCAGGUGGCCAUCGACAAGAAGAUGUCGCCGAUUGAGGUAGCUGACCGCGAGGAGGCGCUCCAGUUCCGCAAGGAACUGGGCAAGGAGAACGUAGACGUGUUCCAAAACGCGUCUGGCGCUUGGAUGAUCCGUCUGCGCAAGGGAUCUAUUUUGAACAUUCCUCGUGCUCUCAACUUUGAUCGCUUUGUGGCUGGUCAAAUUCCGACGGGCUGGAGUGCCGAGCGCCUUGGCCUAUCUAAAGACUUGGCCGAUGCUGUGGAUCCAAUUACGCUGUAUGUGCUCGCGUCGACGAUGGACGCAUUCGUUGCAGCCGGUGUGACGGAUCCGUACGAGUUCUAUCAGUACGUGCACGUUUCGGAGAUUGGCAACACGUCCGGUGGCGGAAUGGGUGGUAUGCGUGCGUUCAAGCAGAUUUACCGGGAGCGCUUUUUGGGCAAGACGGCUCCAAGUGAUGCGUUGCAAGAAUGCUUCAUUAAUACGCCUCCUGCCUGGGUAAACAUGUUGCUGCUGAGUUCGUCCGGCCCGAUCAAGACCCCUGUUGGUGCUUGCGCCACGGCUGCUGAAUCUGUGGACAUCGGUGCUGAGACAAUCAAGAGUGGCAAGGCUCGUAUUUGUAUCGUUGGUGGCUAUGAUGAUUUUGGCGAAGAAGGCGCGUACGAGUUUGCACAGAUGCAAGCUACAAGUAACUCGGUAGAGGAGGUCGGUAUGGGCCGUGAACCGAAGGAGAUGUGUCGCCCGUGCUCGACCACGCGAGGGGGAUUUAUGGAGAGUCAUGGUGCGGGUAUGCAGCUGCUGAUGGAUGCACAGCUUGCGCUGGAAAUGGGCCUGCCAAUUUAUGGCAUCGUCGCGCUCACGAAUACCGCGACGGACAAGAACGGUCGAUCGGUACCAGCUCCUGGUCAGGGCAUUCUGACGACGGCUCGUGAGUCCUUGCCGGACAAUUCGAAGCCGUCGCCACUGCUUGACGUAGAGUAUCGUCGCCGCCAGUUCGACGAUGAGUUGGAAAGUAUCGAGAAGUGGUAUGCGCGUGAGAAAUCUUUGAUAGAUGAAGAUGAGUCUCGUGUUGCUUUUUUGAAUGAGAUGAAGUUGCGUAAGGUGCAAUGUGCACAGUCCAUGUGGGGAGACAGCUUUUAUCGAGGCCGUACAGACAUUGCUCCUCUUCGUGGUGCGCUGAGCGCGUGGAACCUUGACAUUGAUGACGUGGGCGCGACGAGCUUCCACGGUACAGGUACCAAGGCCAACGACAAGAAUGAGAGCGAAGUGACGCAUAAGCAAAUGGCCCACCUGGGUCGCUCGACGGGUAACCCGCUACCUGUGAUUUGCCAAAAGAAUUUAACAGGUCAUCCAAAGGGUGCUGCGGCUGCGUGGAUGCUCAACGGCCUGUUACAGGUGCUGAACACGGGUUUGAUCCCUGGUAACCGUCAGCUUGAUAACACAUGCCAGACCUUGCGUACGUAUGACCACCUCGUGUACCCGAACCGUAGUUACCAGACCGUGGGCGUCAAGGCUGUAAUAAUGAAGAGUUUUGGCUUUGGUCAGGCCGGUGGCGAAGUGCUGCUGGUGCACCCGGACUACCUUCUUUCUACACUCUCUGCUGCCGAUUUCCAGCACUAUUCGGCUCGUCGCGAAAAGCGCCUGAUUAAGAUGAAUACGCACGCCCAGAGUGUACUCACAAGCAAGCAGUUGCAUAUUCAGGUAAAGAAUGAGGCGCCUUACUCUUUGGCUCAGGAGAGCAACGUGUACUUGGACCCAACUGCUCGUGCCGAGUACGACGCGGCGUCGCACACGUGGCGAUUUGGCGGUGCGGACUCGCUUACUGCAGAGGAGAGUCGCCGCAUGCGUGCUGAAAAGCGCGCGAAGAAGGCAAAGGCUGCUGUGGAAGCUGCAGCAUCGUCGUUAAAGAGAACUUCGCACGCGCAUCAGACUGACUCGUCGUCGACGCUGUUGACUGCCAUCAACCAAGCAGCGACUGACCUGGGUUUGGUGUCGAAGAACAUGGGCAUGGGCGUGGACGUGGAGCCUGUGGCUACAUUCGAGAAUCUAAACGGCCGCGAGGACUUUAUCCGACGCAACUUCACGGACCAGGAGAUGGCAUAUUGCUACAGCUCGCCUCACCCGGCAGCAAGCUUUGCAGGUCGCUGGGCUGCCAAAGAAGCGGUGAUCAAGGCUAUCUCGAGUUCCACGCCUACGGAGCCUAACCUUUGGAAAGGCGCCGGUGCCCCGCUGCGUGAGAUUGAGAUUUUCAUGACUGCAUCCGGCGCUCCGUCCGUGCUGCUUUCAGGCUACCCGCUGCAAGUGUUUAAUCGCCUUGGAUUGUCGAAGUUGAGCGUGUCUAUUAGUCACUCGGGUGACUUUGCUGUCUCACAGGCGGUGGCCAACUUUCAGCAUGAGUAA